AUAAGCCAACUGUACAGCAACCCGACUCCGCAUGACAGCUUGACCAAGCGCAAUUGAUCGCCAAACCAGACUUCCUGGAUGAGUCAAUGACUUGUCACAGCCGGCAGUUGUGUGUUAUUACUAGUGUGAGAUUAGCGAACUAGGCAGGGCGAUGAAUCCGCUCUAUCUCUUGCGAAUUGCAAAUGAAGGCGCAGGCGCCCUGGGCCAGCAUCAUGAGGCCAUUGUGAGACGGCUGCAGCGGGUGUGCAGCCUUCUGAACGCCAUCUUGCAGUCUGACCGCUCACGCUACCUGGAGGCGCGCAACUGGCUGCUCAACACCAUCGCGUCUCAGACUCCACCCGCUCAUGUGCGACUAGCUUGCUGGGAGCCUCUCAUUGUGGAGGCACUGGCUGCGCCCAAUGACCAGACCGAGGGCGGGCAGCCGGAGGCGGGCGGCGGCGCUAGAGGUACAGACCUCUCGCGGCCUGCAGUGGAGGGGCGGCGACAGGAGGGGCGAUGGGAGCGGGAUGAAGACGUGAUUCCACGGCGUAGCCGCAGUAUGUCACCUGGCGGUCACAGACGUGGUGGAUCCAGGGAGCGGCGGCGCGAGCGUUCAGCCGAGCGCGCUCCACCCCUGCCACCAUCGCCGCCGCCGCCACUACUGCCGCUUCCAGAUCAGCCACCGCUACCUGCAGAAGCGCCGCUCGUUUAUGCCAGAGGGAGGUGCAGCAGUGAUGGGGGUGGGGGCGGUAGUGACUCGGUGCACCCCUGGGGCCAGCGCCACAGCCGCAGCCGCAGUCGGAGCCGGAGCAAGCGCCGUCACCACAGCCGCAGUCGGAGCCGUGGCCGACGGAGACACAGCCGCAGCCGCAACCGCAGCCGCAGUCAGGGUGGAGGGCGAAAGCGGGGCCAUGGCGGUGCCAGCGAGGAGGGCCGGGGACAUCGUGAUGGCGAGCGCGAGGACCGUGAGGAGCGCGUGGGCCGCGGUCAGCGGCACUACCGCCAGCGGCGCGGUCGCAGUGCUGACUCAGGCAGUGCCAGCGACCGCAGCCGCGGGCGGGACGUGCGGCAGGAGAACACGGAGACAGCGGCGGAGGCAGGCGCCACGACAGCAGGUCUGCGGGGCGUGUCUUCGGACUGGGCACCUGGGGGAGGCGCAGGCGUGCAAAGCCGUGAGGCCCCGGGACCGCUGGAGCUGUUGACGCAGCUGCUGAUGCUGGUAUCGGAGGUGUGGCCGGAUCGGGUGGCGUCGGUGCUGUUGGACCAGCCGCAGGUGUUUGUUGACUUCUUUACAGGCCCAAGCGCCGCGCGCCGAAUCCUGCUGUGGUUCUCGCACUUCUCCAUGGACGGCAUGCGCGCGUUCAAGUUCGGGGCAAGGGCGCUGGCGCACUACACACUGGAGCACCGAGAGGAGGUGUGGGACUUACUGCGCUGGGAAGGCAAGCACGCGCAGGCGCCUGUGGCUGUGGCGCAGAAGACGCACUACUUCUGUGAGCUGGCGGUGGUGCCGUCAGUCAUGGCGCUGCUCGGCGGCCGGGGACGGGAUGGCCGUGGUGGUGGCGGCCGCGAAGGAGGUGUGUCGUCCACCGCCGCGGGCUUCCUGAGCAGUUCGCAGUGGCGCGAGUGCUGUGCCGAUGGCGCGUUUCUGGAGCUGGACCGCCGCCACUUCUGCAGACUGCUGCUGUCACAGCUGCGUGGCGGCGGCGCCCGUGCGGCGCGCCUCACCGCGCUGCUGCGCAACUUCCUUGCGGCGCAAUCGUCCCAGUCACCCUGGCAGCUGCUGUGCCAGCGGCUUUUGCACCAGCUCACGGAGCGGCAGCUACUUGACCUCAUUAACACACUUGCGGAGGGACAGGCACUGGAGCCACCGCCGGCAGCGGCUGCAGCAGCAGUCGCGGCCAUGCCACCCUGGGCUGUUGCCUCCAGCAAGGAUGGGGGUAAUGCUGCCAAGGCGGGGGCAGCAGCAGGAGGAGGCAUGGUGGCGGCGUACGUGGUGCCAGCGUGCGUCAGUGUGUGUGGCGGUGGCGGCUGGCAGGACCUAGGUGCCCUUGUCCUGGCGGGCGGGGCGCAAUGGGGUCGGCUGGGGGAGGUGGUACUGGCGCAUGCGCUGGCAGCAGCGCGGGGGCCUCUGCAGCGGCUGCUUGCGGAGGAGGCGGAGGAGCCGGGUGUGGCGGUGAAGCUGGCGGAGCUGGCGCGCCUGGCAGCGGAGCUGCACGGAGCUGCCGUGCUUGCUGCGCAGCCCUGUAGUGGCGCUGGCGCUGGUGCUCAUGGGAAAGCGGAAGGCUGCUCUGCGGAGGAGCAGGCGGCGCUGCUGCACGGCCAACCGCAGCAGCGGCAUGGCCGGCAGCCGCUGCUGCUGCCGCUGCGUGGGCGGCGCAGCGGUCCGCAGCGGCUGCUGCUGCUUGCGGAGUUAUGGACGCUACGAGAGGCCCUGCGCGGUGCCGCGACCCCGCCUGCAAGUCCCAAAUCCUCUGCUCACAGUAGCGCUUCAGACUGGCCUGCCGCUGCGCAGGUAUUGGAGCGGGUGGUGGCGCAGGUGGGCGGUGUCAGCUGCCAGCGCCUGGACCUGCUGGCAGCGCAGGAGGUGCCGGUAGCUGCUGCUGCUGCUGCUGGAGGUGGCGGGCAGGGCACUGCGGUGGCCAGCGGGAAAGUCGGGACAGUAAAGCUUCAGGCGCCUGCUGCAGGCACCGGUGCAGACGCUGGUGCCAAGGGCACAGGCCUGGGUGCCACAGGCGUGGGCGCAGGCAGCUAUGAGCUGCUGGCCUCAGAUGAUGAACUUGGGGAGCGGAGCCGGCGGCGGCAAAGGAAGAAGAACAAGUCGAAGCACCAGAAGCGGGGAAGAAAGGACGAGAAGGAGCGGCGGCGCAAGAGCGGGAGCAAGCGGCAUCGCGCUCGCCGGGGAAGGCGGAGCGAGUCACCGAACAGCUCUGGUCGCAGCCGCAGCCGCAGUAGCAGCAGCAGCCGCAGCAGGAGCCCGCCUGUGAGGGGCUCAGCAUACUAUGGCAGUGCGGCUGUAGCAGCAGCGCCGCCACCCGUACCGAGCAAUGCAGCGGAUGGGAGCCGGCAAGAGCCGGAGGCGCGCCAACCGCCAGCCGUGGCUGCGGCGCAGGAGGACCACCCGGGCAGGCGGGCGGUACGUGAGCGGAGCGGCAGCAGUGCGCCGGAUCCUGGCCCGCAGCAGCAGCAGCAGCAGGCUCCACAGCCGGACCUCGUGCCCCUGGGCUCCAAUCGAGGCGGUGGAAAGGACAGAACCAAGCGCGAGGAGCGCUCCCGGCGGGAAAGCCACAGUCGGAGCAGGAGCCGGAGCCGCAGCCGGAGCCGCAGUGGUAGCCGGGAUAGCAAGCGACAGCGCAGGCGGCGCAGCAGCGCUCGCUCCACGACGCUGUACGUCAAGGCGUCAGAUUCUGAUGCGGCGUCAGGGGAGGACUCGGAGGAUGCGGAGUUGCGACAGCUGGAUCCGCUUACGGCGCUGCAGGGCGGCAGGUUCCACGUGGCAGUGGCAGCCGCCCGGGCAACGCCGGGAGCUGUGGGGGCCCUAGCUCAGACAGGGAGGGCAACCUUUGUGCUUCCCGGGCCGGAAGUGCCGGGCGGCAGAGCAGGCGCAGGCCACCGGCAGGAGAACGGGGUGUGGCGGGUGCGACUGGGGUUCGCGCCGGGCGGGGGCGCUGGCAUGCAGGGUGGUGCAAAUGGGGCCGCUGCAGCAGCGGCAGGCGCGGGCGUCGAGGUGGUGGGCGGCUGUGACGACGUGGCUGAUCUACUGGCAGCGGUGGCUUGCAAGCACUGGGCCACCGCGCUGCUGGCCACGGACCCGCCUGCGCAAGGGUCUGGCCACUCGCAUCAGGUGCUGACAGGCGCUUUGCGCAUGGCUGCAGAUGUUUGAUGGAACCAGACCCAGUACUAAGCAGAUGGGCGGCACCGUGCCCGCAGGAUGUUGAGGCGGCCAAGUGGUUCCAAGUCUUCCGGAGACCCGGACCUGUGUAGUUGACAAUGGAAUGCAACCUCCCCACAAUGACUCUUACUUUGCAUCAGCACUGGAUCCGUGCGCGGUCCCGUCCCUCUGCCGGAGUGCUCGUGCAGUUGUCGGUAGCCUUCGAGGUAGCUGUAGUGGCCAGCCUAAGACGGCCCUGCAUGUAAGAACUUAAUGACUGCGUGGAUGAGUACCAACGAGCGGGUACUAAUGACUAGGGACCUGAGGCCACGGGAAAGUGUACAGUUAGCAGGGGUUGCGGCAUCCUGUGCGUGCCUUGGAGACGCGGUCUAGGGGCUGGAACCCAUCGUGCAGUUGUCGGUAGCAUUUGCGAGCAGUAAACCUCAUAAACCCUCACGAGGCUGGUGAUCAAAACGGUUCCUCCUGGUUAUCGUAGAGUGCAGGGACUCGAAGUGGACCGCGAGCAACUUUUGAAUACGGCGGUGGAAGCUGAACCGUGGACU